AGGGAGGGUGUGCUGUUGCACUGCUGGGACGGGGAGGCGGCAUUGGGCGAAGCGGCAUGCCGCCAACAUCGGCUGACGGGUAGACCUCCGGCGCCGCCGUCAGGUGUGCGCGUGACCCCAGCGGCGUGCCCAUGUCCAAGGUGGCGACUAAGCCGGCCUUGGCCAAGAUCCAACGGGAGCUGCGCGAGAUCAACCGAGACCCGCCGACCAACUGCUCAGCGGGACCUGUGGACCCGAGUGACUUGUUCCUCUGGCAGGCCACCAUCGUAGGGCCCGACGACUCGCCGUUCGAAAAAGGAGUUUUCAAGCUUAAAAUUCGCUUCCCGGAGGACUACCCUUUCAAGCCGCCCGAGGUGAAGUUCAACACGCGCAUCUACCACCCGAACAUCAACAACAACGGCUACAUCUGCCUGGACAUUCUCAAGUCGCACUGGUGCCCCUCUCUGACCAUCGCCACGGUGCUGAUGUCCAUCAUGGUGCUCAUGUGCGACCCAAAUCCGGACGACCCUCUCGUACCCGAAGUGGCCAACGUGUACAAGACGGACAAAGAGGCCUACAACGCCAUCGCCAAGGAGUGGACCAGACGAUACGCCAUGGAGUGACGCUGCGGGAUGCUUCCGCCAGUCGCGAAGAUGCGAGCUGAAAACAAAAUUUCGAGAGCCUCACAAACGUCCUCUCCCGUAAACUGUUCUCAUUGGGUUAGCGUUAGCGUGGGCUAGACUGCUGUUACUUCAAAGCGGUUUAUGCCACGAAGGAGACCUACAACUUCAUCGCGAAGGAGAAGACGUGCUUGUGUAGACUGUGGCAUGACUCGGCAAAGUGGUUCUGUCAUUAUUCGCAAUGACAGACGCGACGGAAAUUGAAGUGCGUCUCGCUUGCGCCCUCCCCUCGUCACCGUGCACGCGAAGCUCACGUCUUUUUUAUAAACCUUUGGUCACAUGGCGUGGCUAAUAAAAUCCGUGCUUCUCCCUACGGAGGCGUUGCAGCAUCUGUACGAAGAAGGAUAAAUAAGGUGAUUAGAGUAUUUAGCCACUCGUGCCGCUUUAGGAGUUGUUGUUGACGUUUUUGAAAUGGUUCAUGUUUUUGCGCUAUCAACAUUGUGUUUGGAAACCAGAGUGAUGGAGAAGUGGAUGAGUUAAUUGAGUGGGAUUUCGUUAAGCCAUCGCUGCAUUUUCCGUGAUUUGACUCAUCGCAGAAUGAAGUUCAGGCGCUGCUUAUAUGAAGUAAUAUUGCUUUUGCGGGGUUAACAUAUUAAUGCGUGAAGUGCGCCAAGUAGAUCGGCGUUCUGCAGU